GUCGGAGUGAACGUGACGUGCAGACUCGGAACCAGGCGCGAGGUUUCCUGGCGGAGCUGCGGAGGAGCGCGAGCCGAGCCGAGCGGAUCCGUCUGUCCGUCCGUCCGUCCGCGUGUCUGUCUGCCGCCGCAGCCUCUGCGUGUCUGGGGCGAACACGCGCCAACCCUUCCACGGUCUGGACACGGCAUCGGUGGCAAUGGACGCGUCGCUGCGCUGCUGUUUGCGCCGCUGAGGGACGUUCCUCCGUCGGAUGCUCCGGUGCCCAUAGAGGAGCGGAGCGAGGAGGAGGAGGCGGCGGCGGCAGAGGAGGGGGAGGAGGAGGAGGAAGAGGAGGGGGCAUCCCUGUCGUUCUUCGAUGACCAGGCUGACUCACCGCUGGAGCGCCUGAACACAGGAGAAGAAGAAGAAGAAGAAGAAGAAGAAGGAGACAGAGGAAGAACUGAGAGAACAGCAGAAGGAGAGAAGAGGGGGGAGGCAAGUGAAGAGGGAGGAGAGCAGGCAGGCCGGCAGGGCGAGAGGGGCAUAGAGCAAGUGAGCACAGGACAGGGAGAGGGAGCCAGGAAAGGCUUGGUGGGGCCCGGGCGGAGCCGCUUGAGCUCAGGUGAGCGUGGGCGCUGAGCCGACUGGUCGCCGUCCCCGCCGCCCCUUCGCCGGCAGCACACUGGGAGAACUGGGAGCGCCGGAGAGCAGGAGAAGCCACCAUGAGCGACCAGAACGUCGUCAAGGAAGGCUGGGUCCAGAAGAGAGGCGAGUACAUCAAGAACUGGCGGCCGCGCUACUUCCUGCUGAAGACGGACGGCUCCUUCAUCGGCUACAAGGACAAGCCGCAGGACUCUGACCUGGCCUACCCGCUCAACAACUUCUCUGUAGCAAAAUGUCAGCUGAUGAAGACGGAGCGGCCCAAGCCCAACACCUUCAUCAUCCGCUGCCUGCAGUGGACCACGGUCAUCGAGAGGACCUUCCACGUGGACACUCCUGACGAGAGGGACGAGUGGGCCGAGGCCAUCCAGAUGGUGGCAGAGUCGCUGGCCAAGCAGGAGGAGGAGGGCAUCCUGUGCAGCCCCACCUCCCAGAUCGAGAUCGUCAACGAGGAGGAGAUGGACACCUCCAUCAGCCACUACAAACGGAAGACAAUGAAUGACUUUGACUAUCUGAAGCUGCUGGGCAAAGGCACGUUCGGGAAAGUCAUCCUGGUGAGGGAGAAGGCGAGCGGCACCUACUACGCCAUGAAGAUCCUCAAGAAAGAAGUCAUUAUAGCCAAGGACGAAGUUGCUCACACACUCACAGAAAGCAGGGUAUUAAAAAACACUCGGCAUCCAUUCCUAACGUCUCUGAAGUACUCGUUCCAGACCAAGGACCGGCUGUGCUUCGUGAUGGAGUACGUCAACGGAGGAGAGCUGUUUUUUCAUUUGUCGAGAGAACGAGUGUUUUCAGAGGACCGCACUCGUUUCUACGGCGCCGAGAUCGUUUCUGCUUUAGACUACUUACAUUCUGCGAAGAUCGUCUACCGUGACCUGAAGCUGGAGAACCUCAUGUUGGACAAAGACGGCCACAUUAAGAUCACCGACUUCGGGCUCUGCAAAGAAGGCAUCACCGACACUGCCACCAUGAAGACUUUCUGCGGAACACCGGAGUACCUGGCUCCAGAGGUGCUGGAAGACAACGACUACGGCCGGGCGGUGGACUGGUGGGGGCUGGGCGUGGUCACGUACGAGAUGAUGUGCGGCCGCCUGCCGUUCUACAACCAGGACCACGAGAAGCUGUUCGAGCUCAUCCUGAUGGAGGAGAUCAAGUUUCCCCGGACGCUGUCGGCCGACGCCAAGUCGCUGCUGUCAGGGCUGCUGAUCAAAGACCCCAACAAACGGCUGGGCGGAGGACCCGAUGACGCCAAGGAGAUCAUGCGACACAGUUUCUUCGGCACAAUCGACUGGCAGGACGUCUACGACAAGAAGCUGGUUCCUCCCUUCCAGCCGCAGGUCAGCUCCGAGACGGACACACGCUACUUCGACGAGGAGUUCACAGCACAGACCAUCACCAUCACUCCGCCGGAGAAAUACGACGAGGACGGGAUGGACGCGGCCGAUAACGAGCGGCGGCCUCACUUCCCCCAGUUCUCGUACUCGGCCAGCGGUCGGGAGUGAGCCCCGGCCGCCGCCGCCCCGCUGCCGCCGCCGCCCCCAUCCGUGGCCAUCUCCAGGAAAACACGUAGCCAUUUUAGGGAAAAAAAGAAAAUACCAGUCUCCCCUCUUUUUCUCCGGGCGGACCGGAGGAGUCUUUUUAGGGACUUUAAAAGAGGUUUUUGCACAGUGGGACGGACUCCAGCCGGUCUCCCCACACUAAAAAAACAAAAAAAAAAAAAACAAGUCUCCUACAUUUUCA